UUUCACUUCACUUUCAUUGCGGAACUUACAUACAGUGAACGUGUUUGCUUGCAUAUAGAUAAUUUCUCUUAAAUUCUCUUUAUUAUCAUCUUUCAAAUAUGAAUAUUCAUUCUUUUAAAUUCACUGUUCAUACUAAACUGAUUCCCUGCUGUAUCUUUCAUCUUUGUCAAGACUUGUUUUUAUGGGUUUUUUUUGGAUUUCUCCUGCUGGCAUGUCAUUCCUUGGGGUUCAGUUUAGAGACACUGCAUCCAAGAGUUUUCACUGUGCCUGAGCGAGGCUCUCAUUUUGGCUAUCAGGUUUGUCAUUUUGGACCAACCCAAGGAGACAGUGUGUUAGUGACGGCUCCUACCCUUUAUAAUGGAACUGGUGGUCUUUAUAAGUGUUCUUACAGUGGUAAUCAGUGUAUGCUGCUCCCUCUAACAGUUAAUCCAGGCAUUGCAUUUGGUUUGGAUCUUGCCUGUGAUGAUAAUCAAGCUUUGGUGUGUGGUCCUCGUCUGAAGCAUACAUGUGAUGGGUUUAACUAUCUUAAUGGUCAGUGUGUGGAGAUCAACUCAUACUUCACUGCUGCUUACACUCUGAAUCCAGCUUUCCAAGAGUGUCAUGUUAUUCCCCCACUGGAUACAGUUAUUCUAUUCGACGACUCUGGCAGUAUCAGCCCAAAAAAUUUUGAAACGAUGAUCCAAUUUAUCAAGAACUUAAUUGUGAUGUUUUUGGACAAACGAGCACAGGUGGCAGUGGCUAAAUUCUCCACAAGAGUUUCGCAGUCUUUCACUUUGAGAACUUUGCCGUGAAUAAAGACCC